GCCGGUUUGAAAAAUUCCCCCGUUUUUUCGAUUCUCGAUGUUUUUUUAAAAAUAAUUGUAUCGUGUGUCAGUGGUGAACGUGAACGUGUUGGAACGAGUGUGUUGCGCUAAUCGCAAAAUCGAUCGAAACCGCAAAAGCAACUCUCUUCACACCUUAGACUUUUCCCGAAAAAAAAAAGAAAGAUAGAAAAGAAAAGUCUAAAAUCUGAAAUAUUUUCCGCGCCUUCCAAAUCCCAAUGUAGUUCCAUGACAACCAGGAAGUCCUCGUCACCGCGUUCUCGGCGCACCUCCCGCCCAUCGCCAAAUCCGUCCUCGAAAUGACCUGGAAAUUCCGACUUGGAGUCACACAAUUCUGAAACCUGAAAUCAAAAUCACGAGUAUUCCUCCCAUGAGUAUCCUCCCUCUGCAGGACUGAUAAGAAAUCAGGAGAGUGGCCGGGAGGGAACAGGGGAGGCUCUAGAAGAGCAGGCUGUCAACUGUCAACCCCAGCCCAGGUGCGAUGCCAUUUCAUCAAGGGGCUUACUCGGGUGCAGUUGCAGUUUCGUACAGUUCGAGUCCCAUGGCACCCUUAUCGCCGAGCAUAUCGAGACGAUACUCUGGCACUUCAACUAGCGGGACGACGACAUCCAGGAUCGGCAAUUCGACAUCAAAAUAUAACACUUACAGACCCGAGUACAGAACCUCCUCCUCGACUGCUUCACUGCUUGAUCGCUCCAAUAGCAGUUACUCGAAGCCACUCGGUACUUCCCGGAUCAGCUACGUGCCUUCCGGAAGGUCCUACUGUUCACCCUCAAGGUCAGUCUCUUCGUCGACCUACUCCGACUCGUCGAGCAUCGGGACCACCGGCAGUAGCAGCAGCAGCAGGUACCUAACGCCAUCAAGUUCCUCGUUCAGCCUCUCCAGAGAUCGAAACGGCAUAAGCGGAACCUCGGUCGUCGACAGACUCACCAGCAAGUACUCCUCCUCCCUCCAGUCGAGAUGCACAUCACCCUGGCGAUCAGGAUCCUCGACCUAUCUCGAUCUGCUCGGGGGUGACGACUCGAACAGUGAGCUUCGUCGAGACCAGUCUUCGUCCUCUUCGGCCUCCUCGGUCUCAUCCUCCUCCUCCUCCGUGACCUCGUCACGAUACUCAACCCUUCACAAGAGGAAACCACCACUCAGCACGGUGCUCACCAGCAGCCAUGCGCAAAACGAUAGCGCCAAGGCGCCCCCCGCCGAGGUAACAGUCACCGAUCAGCGCAACAAUAACAACACACACGACCAAGACCACGACGCCGACGCCGACAGGCCUACUACCUCUUCCUCCUCUUCAUCUUGCAAUAAUAAUAGUAAUAAUAAUCAUAUUAUCAACAACAACAACGACACUGACGACAACAACCUCCAGCGCCGCGAUCACGAGGAAUCUGAUGAAUCUUUAGUGGGAGCGAGUGAUCGCGGCGGCGGGGGAUUGAUCGACGCGAACCUUGACCCGCCGACUAACUUGACUAACUUGACUAACCUCCCCACUAACCUCGAUAACACGGAGCUGCUCACUAACAACAAUGCUCGCUAUCGCGAGGGUAAAAUUGUCAUUGAGGUGGUCCAGGCGGAUGAUGACUCCUCUCUGCGCAUCAUUGAGCAGGUGACCGGCCGAGACAAUUCCGAGGGCAUCAAGUCAGCCCUUGGCGGGAAUGAUCCCUUUGCGGAUCCGUUCUUCACCACUAACAACACCUUUGUCGCCGGUUCCGGGGGGAUUCUCGUUGAGAAUGGCGUGGGCGAGAGACCAACAGCUGGAACCCACGGCGAUGAUCCUUCCCUGAUGCCCCCCUCCACGUCCAGGAGAGCGGACCAAUAUUCGACAUCUUCUGUCAAUUCUGUUAAUGAGGCGGCGGCAGCAGCCAACUCUUUGGCGUCGUCAUCGGGUGCUGGAGCGAGGCAGAGCAACUAUCGUGGAGCCAGCGAACAAAUUGUGACCCAGACUCCUUCUUCACAAGAGGGAAGUCCAACUGGCAGGGGAUCUCGCAAUCGACAUCAAGCCCAUCGCGACGAACGAUGUGGUUUAAAUGGGCUGCGGAAUAUUGGAAAUACGUGUUUCAUGAACAGCGUGAUUCAAUGUUUGAGCAACACGAGACCAUUGCUCGAGUAUUUGCUCAACGAGCAUUACUUGCUGGACCUGAAUGCCACCUCGUCGAGCAUGAAAGGAGCUCUUAUCAAGGCAUUCAGCCAAGUUAUCCACGAACUGUGGGAGGUCGGCGGUGACCACGUGGUCAACACGACAGCUUUAAAAUCUCAAAUUCAAAAAUUUGCACCCCGAUUCAUGGGUUACAGUCAACAGGACGCUCAAGAAUUUCUUAGGUAUUUGCUUGAAGGUCUGCACGAGGACGUCAACAGAGUCAAAACCAAGCCGCAGCCUAUUCUCACCGAUAUUCCGGACCAUUACUCGGACAGUCAGAAAGCAACGGAAAGUUGGAAACGAUACCUCCGAAGUGAAGACAGUACGAUUGUGGACGAUUUCGUGGGUCAGCUUCGGUCCUCGCUGCGAUGCACGUCCUGCGAUCAUGUUUCCGUAACCCUGGAUCCUUUCUGGGACCUGAGUCUGCCCAUUCCAACGAGGAGUGGCACUGUCAAGCUCAGUCAGUGUCUCGAGCACUUCACCAGAGAAGAAGUCCUCGAUGGCGAUGAGAAACCUACCUGCUCCAAGUGCCAGAUGAGAAGAAAGUGUACCAAGAGUUUCAGCAUUCAAAAAUUCCCAAAGAUUCUUGUUAUUCGUAUCCUUUUUCAUCAUUUUUCUUCAUCUCUUUCAAAUUUAAUUUCAGAAUUUCAGCAACUGUGGAACGCAGAAAAAAAAAUUCUGUUGAGGUUACAGGAUUUUCAGUUAAAAUAGGGACGGCAUAGAUUUUUGUAAUGAUUAGCGAAUUUUUUGCAGAGUUUACCAAAAUUUGCGCAGUUAUUUGAUAAAUUUAGGGAUAUUUUCUGUUACGUUUAAAGACUUUUGGAUUAAAUUUUG